AUGGAGGCUGAGGAGCCGGCGGGGCUAGCGGAGCAGCGCGGGGGCAGCGGAGCAGCCGGGGGGCUGCAGGACCCCGGGACCCGCAGGGACCCUCCAACCCCUCCUGUGGGUGGGCCGGUGGUGGUGGCGGCGGUCACCAACGCGGCCUUCGAGGAGGACCCCCCGCCCUACACCCCGCCGGACCCCAAGAGCCUGCACCUCCUUUACCCUCCCUUCCCGUCCGGAUUCUCCCCGCAGGCUCCGGUCGUCUACCAGCCGGGGCCGGGGGGGCCCUUCCCACCCCAGGGCAUCCCUUCUGCCCCCCUGCCCUACCCCACCUUCAACGGACAGCCGAGCGCGGGGUCGGCGCAGCGCCUGCCCAGGGACUACCUGGUGGAGUCGGUGCUGGUGACCGUCUUCUGCUGCCUGCUCUCCGGGGUCAUCGCCCUCGUCUACUCCUACGAGACCCGAGCUGCACUCAGCCGCGGGGACGUGGUCCAGGCGAACGCGGCAUCCAAAAAGGCACAGUCCCUGGUCCUCUUCAGCCUCCUCUUCGGGUUGUUCGCUUCCAUCAGCUGGGUCAUCUACGUCCUGGUGUCCCUGAACCUAUGA